AUGCUUGGGCGAGCGGAGUGCAGCGCUAAGAGGGUAGAUCGCGUCGCUAAUGUGUUGCUGUGUGCGUCUGUUGCGUGUGCGUCUUACAGCGACGAGAUGGAUGCGGCGCUGAUGGUGUUUGUGAACUGCCUGGGGGCGGUCAUCAUGGUAUCCGUGGUAGGCUUCCACUACCUCACGGCCAAGCCCAAGGAUGCCGAGCUGUAAGGCGGAUAAGACGAAGACGAUGCAGUUGCGCCACUCUCGCUGGAAAUUCGCAAGGCACGAGUUCAAUAAGCACGUUACUACGUGCUGGAGGCGUUAAGUUGAUGGAUUGCAGGGCACGCUUUUUCAAGGAGACACGGGAACACUUCACUGCGUGCUCCACAGCUCGGCGUGACUUGAGGCUGCAACAGCUCGUCGACGGCUUUUCAUGUAUUAACGUUGAAAGAUCUUUCUCCUAGAC